AUGCAUAUAUUUGCUUCUUUGUCGUUGUGUUUCCUUUCAACACCGUUUGACAGCUGGCGUCAGUUUGUGGAGUUUCCUUGGUUUGCGGUUCAGCGAAACACUCAACAGAGUUACGUGAUGAAAACACUCCUUGUUGUUCUCUGCUUUUGGUACUGUGUGCUAGUUUCGAACGUCUUAACGUUUAAGUUAGUGCAUGAUGAAGCAGCUGCCCACAUUGAUCUGGAACCAGUCGAUGGUUUGAUAAAAAGAGAGGCUAAAGGAGAUGACGUUAAAUGUGCAAUAUAUAAAUGGUCGUGCACUAUCAAAACAACUACAGUAGAUCUUACUUGCUGUGAAGGUAUGGAGUGUAGAUGUAACCGGUUCUGGAAAUCGAACUGCCGCUGUUAUGAAUUGACAUAUGAGGAUAUGGGAAUCAAUCCUCCAUCUGGCUGAUUCCGUUCCACACAAGAUGCCAUUACUCCUCUGACUAUCUUAUUGUAUUGUUGUUCAGUUUACACUUCAAUGAUUGCUUUGUUCAUACGUGAGUAUAUAUUCAA